AUGGAGGAAGAUUUUAAUUUGAAAUUCGAAAGUCUCUAUAAAAUUAUCGUACUGGCUUUGAAGGUCAAUAGAUGCCAUCCCGAUGUGAAAAGGGACUGGAAAUGGAUCGUAUACAUCGUAUUGGCUCAUGGAUUUUUCUUCUUUGUCUAUUGCAUUGUUUUAUAUAGUACAGUUUUCUAUGACAUAAAGAACAAAAAUUUCACCCAAGCUUGUGCGAAUGGAGUUUUGGCUGUUAUAUUCAAUGUUGUAACGCUGAAGUAUAUAGUUAUGGUAGUUUAUCAAAAAACAUUAGCCGAAAUAAUAGUUAAAAUUAAUAAGGACUACGAAACGGCUAAAUCGUUCUCAAAACAAGAACGAGAUAUUAUUCUAAAAUAUGCGAGGAAAGGCAAAACGAUCGUGAAAUGGUGGACGUAUUUCGCCUUAGCCACUGCUUUCUUGUUCAUGAGUAAAUCCGUAGUGCUCAUGACCUACUACAGUCUUGCUGGAGAAUUUAAAUUAGUGCACGCAUACGAUAUGAACUAUCCGAAGUUUGUAGAAGAUAAAAAAGGAGAAUUACAUGUGUAUUUGAUAUUGUAUUCGUUUUUUAUAUAUUACGAUUUAUAUGCCGCCAUCAUGUAUAUCGGAUUCGUUCCGCUGGUACCGAUUUUUGUUUUACACGCCUGUGGACAGAUAGAGAUAGUGACAACGCGUUUGCUGAAUCUAUCUGAUUCCAGUCAUCCUAAGCAUAUAGUACAAAGACAAAUAAAAGGUAUAAUAAUAUACGUACAAGAAAUACAGAGCUUCGUAAAAAAGAUAAGAUAUAGUAUGAUAUUUUUUUACGAGCUCCUUUUGAAAGCUGCGGUAAUUCUUAUACCAGUAACAGGAUAUCAAAUCUUAAAGUCGUCACAGAAUGGCGACUUCAGAAUAGAAUUUAUCUCUGUGUUCAUUGGCUCGGUGACUGAAAGUGGAAUGCCUUGUUUUCUAGGCGACGUACUUUUGGAGUCGAGCGAGAGUAUGCGGCAGGCGGUGUACGCGUGCGGCUGGGAGACGCACCCGCACGCGGGCACGCGCGGCCUGAUCAAGACGCUGCUGGUGCAGACGAGCCGCCCAGUCGCACUCAACACGCUGUUCAGAGUCAUCUCGCGUGACGCGCUCACCGACGUUUAUCACCAUGCUUAUGCCAUUUUUAACCUUAUGAAUGCAAUGUGGAAUUAAAGCUUGUCAUAAUACCAAAUGGGGAC